AUGGCUAUCGGAGGUUUAUCUUUGCAAAAAUGGGCUCGUAUGUGGGGUGCCGGUAUUUCGAUCGUGGGAACAGGAGUCUUGCUCUUCAAAUACACGGUUCCAACAGAUGAGGAAUUGAUUGCACGCUUCUCGCCCGAAAUUAGAGCAGAGUAUGAGCGGAACAAGGCUCUCAGGCAAAAAGAGCAGGAAGAGUUAAUGAAAAUAGUGCAAGAGACCUCCAAGUCGAAUGAUCCCAUUUGGAAAACAGGCAGGCUUCCAUCUCCUUUCGAGAAAGACACGAGAGGCGCAGAUCCAAAUUUGGUUGACCUGAAAGAAUUCCAUCGCGACUUAGAACUUGCAAAGAAAAAGCAAGAAAUCGAUCUUGCUAAUGCUGAAUUCCUUGAGACAGAGAAAUUGGUCGCUCAAUCUAAAAAGCUGUGGUUUUCUUGGCGUUGA